CAGUCAUCGGAGCACCGGAGCAGUCGUUCUCUUUGUGCGCGAGGCUCACCGCGAUAAGUAUCUCACGACGGUGGUGGCCGUCGUCGUGCUGGGGGUGAGUCGCCGGGGUGGUCGCGUGGGAGCGUCGCGCCGUCGCGACGCGUCGCGCCGCGGCGACAGUGACAGCUCCGGUGGAGCACCUGAAGAGAGGGUGUGGGCCCGCGACGCGGACCAUCGUACGACAGCGGGACCUUAGUGGGAGAGCUCGGAGUCGGACUUCUCGGACACUGAGGACUCAAAUGAGUUAGGGGCCAACGUGGGCCCCGAGCGCACCACGAUGGACACUGUAGAUAGUGUCAACAAACGGCAAGCUACUCGUGUCUUCAAGAAGUCCAGUCUCAAUGGCAAGAUCACGGUUUAUCUUGGCAAGAGAGAUUUCGUCGAUCACAUCACACAUGUUGAUCCUAUUGAUGGGGUCGUCCUGAUCGAUCCUGACUACAUAAAAGAUCGAAAAGUGUUCGGUCAUGUUCUCGCAGCGUUUAAAUACGGCAGAGAGGAUCUGGAUGUUCUUGGGCUGACCUUCCGUAAGGACCUCUAUUUAGCAGCAGAACAGAUUUAUCCAGUGUUGCAAGGAACUCAGCCUCCCAGGGAACUGACGCGAUUACAAGAGAGAUUGAUCAAAAAACUGGGCAACAAUGCGUAUCCCUUUUACUUCGAGUUACCACCUCACUGCCCCGCUUCGGUUACUUUGCAACCGGCACCAGGUGAUACUGGCAAACCCUGCGGUGUCGACUACGAACUGAAAGCGUUCGUAGGUGAGACGCAAGAUGAUAAACCACAUAAACGGAGCUGCGUGAGGCUGGCGAUCAGGAAAAUUAUGUACGCGCCAUCGAAACAAGGAGAACAGCCUUCAGUGGAGGUCAGCAAGGAGUUCAUGAUGUCCCCGAACAAAUUACAUCUGGAAGCCUCCCUCGAUAAGGAGCUCUAUCAUCAUGGCGAAAACAUAGCUGUGAACGUGCACAUAGCGAACAAUAGCAACCGGACUGUGAAAAAGAUAAAAGUGUCAGUUAGGCAGUUCGCAGACAUCUGUCUGUUUUCCACGGCGCAGUACAAAUGCACCGUCGCCGAGGCCGAAAGCGAGGAGGGAUGCCCGGUGGGUCCGGGUUUCACGCUGAGCAAGGUGUUCACCUUGACACCCCUUCUGGCCAACAACAAAGAUAAAUGGGGGCUCGCCCUCGACGGCCAACUCAAACACGAGGACACCAAUUUGGCGUCCAGCACCCUUGUGGUUGACCCGGCGCAGCGUGAAAACCUCGGCAUAAUUGUCCAGUACAAAGUUAAAGUCAAACUCUGCCUCGGCGCUCUAGGAGGCGAAUUAGUUGCGGAACUGCCCUUCAUUCUGAUGCAUCCCAAACCGGAAGAAGAGGAACCAGUGCCGUCCACAGCACGACCAAGCCCUACGCACAAAACUGACAGCGGGGAAGUUCCGCUUGAUACAAACCUCAUCCAAUUGGACACGGAAGCAGAUGGCGACGAUGAUAUAAUCUUUGAGGAUUUCGCUCGUUUGAGGUUGAAAGGCGAAACGGAAGCUUGACCGUGUUCCACUAACACCUUGACACGUAUCGAUCAAGUAACUUUGACGCCACCAUGCCGCACGCAAGACGGAAGUUGCACAAUUUCGCCAAUGAUGCCAAUAGUAGCUAUAUCGCAGCAACAAACUUAAAUGAUGUUAUUGUUUGUUGAAGCGAUAUCAUUGCUAUCCCUGAGCGCAAAGUGUCAAUACCGAUUUUUCCACCGUUUUGACACAUUUUAAAAUUUAUUGCAGGAAUAGUUUAAUGAAAGAAAUAAAAAAAGCAAAAGAGAACACAAAAAAAUUGUAUAAGAGAGGAAUUUUGCAAGCUGCUCACAUUUUUUUGUGCAAUUUCAUAUUUUUAUGUAAGAUAAAAAGAUUAUGGAAAUGCAAAUUGAAAAUGAGAUAUUGAGAAAAUUCUUCUUCAACAAUCGCUAUUUUUAUCAAUUGUCGAAAGUAACGGAAAAUACACCGGAAGUUGAAAUUUCUCAAGAGCAAACUGUUUAACAAUUUUUUCUGUUUCUCUUUAAGCUAGCCUAUAUAUAUAUAUAUGUAUAUUAUUUAUAGAACACUCUUAACAAAUGAAAUAAUUAAAUAAUUAAUUAAGCCAUUUUUAUGGCAUAUGUUCUUUAUUUGAUCAAAAUGAUUUUAAUUUGUGGGGAAAGUGCGACGGAUUUCGUAAUUGAUAUUCACGAAUUUUUCAUCAAUACCGUCGCCAUUUUAUGCUCUGGCUCUGAAGACUGAUUUUAAGAAGAACAUCCACGAAUCUAGCCAAUGACGUAUUUAUCGUAAAAUCCUU